AUUCCAAAUGUAGUCACAUCUGUCAGUUUUAUUUUAAAGAUGGAUAGAAAAUAGGCCUGCAUAAAAUAUACAUAUCAUCUUUGGUCAAACAGAAGCAUGGAAUUAACAGGGAUUCCAAAUGAAGGAAGCAUUUGUGGAAUGACCUCACACGUAUCAGCAGCAUGUGCAAUUCCACAGCCCUGCCAUUUGAAGAAAGCCGCCAGCUUCUGAUUGUAGUAUACAGCCUCAUCUUUGCCUUGGGCCUACCAGCCAACUGCUUAACUGUCUUUGUGACGUUCAUACAAAUUUGCAGGAAAAAUAUCACAGCCAUCUACCUGUUUGGUCUGUCCCUGUGCAACCUUAUGUAUCUGAGCACCCUUCCUCUCUGGAUCAUCUAUGUGCAAAACAGCCACCGCUGGACAAUGGGGCGACUACCGUGCCAGGUGACUGGAUAUAUCUUUUUCUGCAACAUCUACGUCAGCAUUCUCCUCCUGUGCUGCAUUUCUCUUGAUCACUACAAGGCUGUGGUACGCGCACUGGAAAGCAGAGGGAAAUGCUUCCGGUCCCAAAGGACUGCUGCCAUGGUCACAGUUGCCUUCUUUGGCAUCGUUGCUGUGAUCUAUUGCCCUGUGUUUUUCAGCAACAAUAUCCAGAAUGAAAACACAGAAACUUGCUUUGAAACUCCACUCAACUCCAGUUUGGCCUGGUACAACCUCAGCCGGUUCUUCCUGGGAUUUCUCAUCCCUUUGGGCCUCCUGCUUUUCACAAACUGCAGAAUCUUUCAAAGUAUUAAGAUCAGCUGCAGCCUCAAUCCAGACCAGAAAGCUAAAGUGAGAAACCUGGCAAUUGCCAUCAUUUGUGUAUUUGUAGUGUGCUUUGCUCCCUACCAUUUUGUGCUGCUUGUGAGAUCCAUUUUCUUCUUUUGGACCAAAGAUGAGGUGUGCAUGUUUGAGAAAAAGAUAUAUACAACUUCUGUGAUCUUCCUGUGCUUUUCCACUGCCAACAGCAUUGCAGACCCAUUUAUCUAUGUGCUGGCUAGUGAAAAUGUCAGGCGUGAGUUAUAUCGCACAUUUAGGGUGUGUGGAAUUCACUGGCCAGAUGAUUCCCAGUGACAUCAGAGACCCACAGGUUGGAAAAUGAAGAAGACAGUAUUAUCACCCUUCACUAUGGAAAGUUUCUGUGGGUUCUUAAAAAGACCU